AUGAGUACUACUUUUGUUAACAUUCUUCUCUCUCUCUCUCUCUUUGAUUUCUUCUUUACCUCAUCAUUUGCAUAUAGUAACCGCCACUUUCUUUCAUCGACAACCACCAUUUCACCCACCCAAAAAGCAGAAAUGCUCAUAACAUCACCCAACUUGUUCUCUAAGGAUAAUAGUAGCAUUAUCAAGGAUAACCCUUUAGUCCAUGAUGUUCCAAGACUAGUUGAGAAGAAAUUAAAAUUUCCUCUUCUUUAUGACGACCCUUCUAUUGAAGAUCUUGGUGAUUAUGCUGGUUAUUACUCGCUUCCGCAUACGGUAGGUGCGAGAAUGUUCUACUUCUUCUUUGAAUCACGAAAUAGCGAGAAUGACCCAGUUGUGAUAUGGUUAAGUGGAGGACCUGGAGCCAGUUGUGCUAUUGCAUUAUUUUAUGAAAAUGGUCCUUUUCAUAUCAAAGACAACAUUUCUCUCAAAUGGAAUGAUUAUGGUUGGGAAAAGGCAUCAAAUAUUAUAUAUGUUGAUCAACCUACUGGAACAGGUUUCAGCUACACAACUGAUUAUCAGAAAGAUAUACGUCACAAUCUAAUUGGUGUCAGUAAUGAUUUGUAUUACUUCUUACAGGAAUUUUUUAUGGCACAUCCUCAGUUUGUUCAAAAUGAUUUCUUUAUAACCGGACAAUCUUACGCUGGACAUUAUGCUCCAGCACUGGCUUCUCGAAUCUGCCAAGGAAAUAAAAAAGGACAAGAUAUUCAUAUAAAUCUUAAGGGACUUGCUAUCGGCAAUGGAUUGACAAAUCUUAAAAUUCAAUACCAAGAAUUACCGGAAUAUGCUUAUAAACAAGAAAGUUUAAUUGAAGAAUCAGAUUACAUACGUAUAAAGGAAUUGGUUCCAAAAUGUGAAUCAUCUAUCGAUGCUUGUGUCAUCACGGGUAGAGAAGAUCCUUGUAUUGCUGCGUAUGUUGCUUGUGAUAGGAUACUAAAUGAGAUCAUUGCCGCUGCUGGGAAUAUAAAUUAUUAUGAUAUUAGAAAGAAGAGUGUGGGUUCUCUUAACUAUGACUUCUCAAACCUGGAGAAUUUUUUGAAUAUGCAAUCAGUAAAGGAAGCUUUAGGAGUUGGAGAUAUAUCAUUUGUCUUAUCGAACACCAUGGUAUUUGACGCAUUGAUUAGAGAGUGGGCAAAGAAUUUUGCCGUUGGAAUUCCUAAGCUACUUUCGGAUGGAAUCAAGGUCCUUAUCUACGCAGGAGAUCAGGAUCUAAUGUGCAAUUGGGUUGGAAAUCUUCGGUGGGUAUCUAAAAUGAAAUGGUAUGGAAGAGAAGAGUUUGAGAAAGUUUCACGUGUUUCAUUUGUUGUUGAUGGUGAGGAAGCAGGACUAGUGAGAAACUACGGACCUCUCACUUUCAUCAAGGUUUAUAAAGCUGGUCACUUGGUUCCAAUGGAUCAACCAAAAAUUGCGCUCCGAAUGAUCCAAAAUUGGAUGACAGGAAACCUUAUUCAUUAA